UUUGGCAACAAUGCUCAGUCAUUUAUGCCAAGAAAGUAUUAUUGAAUUGAGAGAGCUAACCAGCCUGCGCUCAUGAUGUCACAAUAACCAACCUGCGCUCAUGAUGUCACAAUAACCAGCCUGUGCUCAUGAUGUCAUAAUAUCCAAUCUGCGCCCAUGGUGUCACAAUAACCUGUGUUAUAAUCAUAAUAUUAGGUCGUUUUGACGGUAAUGCCAGUCAUGUGUGUGACACAGCCUGUUAUUAACUAUAUUAACUAUAGAGAUUAAUUGUUGGGUAUCUGUAAAUUGACCUGUAUAUAUUCAUGUAGUGCUUUUCUACUGUAUAUUAAAGUUACUCAGAAAACUCAAAAUAUUAGCCAUUCACCCACACCCAUCUGCACCCUGUUUUAGUUUUUUUGUACCAACAUGUAGAAGCAGAUCCUGUAAAAAUAGACAUUUCUUAGAGGAAGAUUGUCGUCCUGUUAGAGGAAGUUGCAACGUAUUUCCAUAGUUACCACUUGUUCACACCAACAGAGAGAUGUGGGGUAACAUCCUCCUGCAUGAAUGUACAGCACAAGUGUGAACACAACAGCACUGCAGUUACGCUAUACAUUUACUGCAUAUAUACUAACAUAAUAAGAUCCUAACUGUGGGUAUACUGUAGACAUGUGGAGGAUCACAGAGGUGUGAAGGCUACAGAACAUGAGAGCUACUUAGUGUUUACCCUCAUCUUCCUCUUUUCACGGUGCUAGACGUGAGGCAAGAUGUUCUGCGUUUAGAACUGCACUUCCAUCCAGCUUCCUCACAAGCGCACGACGACAGCAGAGACGAGCCAGUCUGAGAGGACGGACCUAGAGCCGUCACUCAGAUGCUGUAGGUGUUAGAGACCUAGAGCUGUCACUCUGAUGCUGUAGGUGUUAGAGACCUAGAGCUGUCACUCUGAUGCUGUAGGUGUUAGAGACCUAGAGCCAUCACUCUGAUACUGUAGGUGUUAGAGACCUAGAGCUGUCACUCUGAUACUGUAGGUGUUACGGGAUCAUACAAUACUGUAAGUAGUGUUAAUGUUUGAGAGACUAGUCAAGGAGCACUGGAACCAGAGGAAAUACUCCAAGGACAUCUACGCUCCACCUGAGAUGACCCAGAUGGUGAAGUCUGACAGGGGGGAGAUGGAGGAGAUGAUAGUGGCUAUCUACGCUAGUGCUGGCACCCUCAGAAGAGAUCAGCUGUCAGGUGCUGGGGGUCCAGAGAGGAGUCUCUCCAGAGCUGCAGCAGUGUGUCUGGGGCUGCUGUGUGCUCUCCUACUGGCUGGGGUCGUAGCACUGGGAGUCAUCUAUCUAAUCACAGUGACUGUAGAGAGACACCAGCUGAACACCAGUAACAUCAACCUGACCAGAGAGAGAGACCAACUACAGGCCAGUAACAGCAUCCUGUCCAGAGAGAGACACCAGCUGAACUCCAGUUAUAUCAUCCUGACCAGAGAGAGAGAUGACCUUGAGAGGAGGCUAUGCAAGGGUCAAGAUGGAUGGAGGAGGUUUGGCUGGAGCUGUUACUACGUCUCUACUGAGAGGAAAAACUGGACUGACAGCAGACAGGACUGUAGAGACAGAGGAGCAGACCUGGUGAUCAUAAACAGCCUAGAGGUACAGAAAUUUCUCAAUAACCUCAACAAGAGAGUGUGGAUCGGUCUGACUGACACAGUAACAGAAGGGAACUUUACCUGGGUGGACGGAACUCCACUGAUCAAACCCACGUACUGGUGGCACUCUCAGCCUGAUAAUCACCCUAAAACACCAUCCAUUGAUGGUGAGGACUGUGCUGAGAUAUACUACUCACCUUCUGACGUUCCUCCUCCUAGAACAUGGAAUGAUUACACAUGUGAUUCUGAUAAUUUCUGGGUCUGUGAGAGAGGGAUCUAACAGAUCUACUGUGGGUUUUCUAUGCGUAUUUUUUUUCUUCCUAUGCAUUACAUUUCCCAGUUACAUUAUUGUCACGUGAAUAAUACCUGUCAUAGCUGCAUGAAUGAAAGAGCUUUCUCUUCCUAUUGGCUAACAUGAAGUACAUGAUGUAAGAAUUAGUUACAUAGAGUCAAACAUUUCACUACUGUUUAGUUGUAUUUACCCCUCAGCUUGAUUUUCUUGCUUAGAAAAUACGUUAUUCCUGAUAUAAAACAGUCCUUUGGUCAUGUUGUCUUGACUCCUCAUUGACCCUGCAUUUCAGUGUGUCUCUAUGACAUCAGCCGUGUACCAGACCCUGCUCAGUGACUCUGGGGCAGUGUGGGAAACACUGACUACCUGACUGCAAGUCA